AUGGGGAACCGGGGCAUGGAAGAUCUCAUUCCCCUCAUCAACAAGCUUCAAGACGCUUUCAGCUCUAUUGGGCAAAGUGUUAAUUUAGACCUUCCUCAGAUUGCUGUGGUCGGUGGACAAAGCGCUGGAAAAAGCUCUGUCCUGGAAAAUUUUGUUGGCAGGGACUUUCUUCCUCGAGGAUCAGGCAUUGUUACUCGCAGACCUCUCAUUUUGCAGCUGGUCAAUAAUAUAGCAGAAUAUGCUGAAUUCCUUCACUGCAAAGGAAAGAAGUUUGUGGAUUUUGAUGAAGUGCGGAUGGAAAUUGAGGCAGAAACCGACAGAAUCACAGGAUCCAAUAAAGGCAUUUCUCCUAUCCCCAUUAACCUGAGGGUUUAUUCGCCAAAUGUCCUGAACUUGACCCUGAUCGACCUCCCGGGUAUGACCAAGAUUGCUGUAGGAGAUCAGCCACAAGACAUUGAGCAUCAAAUCAGAGACAUGCUGCUGCAGUUCAUUACCAAGGAGAGCUGUUUAAUCCUGGCAGUCACUCCUGCAAAUACUGACCUGGCUAACUCAGACGCUUUGAAGAUUGCCAAGGAGGUUGACCCACAAGGUGUGCGUACCAUUGGUGUCAUAACAAAAUUGGACCUAAUGGAUGAAGGCACUGAUGCAAGGGACAUCCUUGAAAAUAAACUGCUGCCACUGCGAAGAGGUUUCAUUGGUGUGGUGAACCGGAGUCAAAAAGAUAUUGAUGGGAAGAAAGACAUCCGCGCUGCUUUGGCUGCCGAAAGAAAGUUUUUUCUGUCACACCCAGCCUACAGACACAUGGCAGACCGUAUGGGCACCCCACAUCUACAAAAGACACUUAACCAGCAAUUGACCAAUCACAUCAGGGAUACACUGCCUGGUCUGCGCAGCAAGCUGCAGAGUCAACUCCUCUCCCUGGAAAAAGAGGUGGAGGAGUACAAAAAUUUCCGUCCAGAUGACCCAACUCGCAAGACAAAGGCGUUGUUGCAGAUGGUGCAGCAGUUUGGUGUGGACUUUGAAAAAUGCAUUGAAGGCUCUGGGGACCAGGUGGACACUAAUGAGCUGUCGGGUGGUGCCAGGAUAAACCGAAUCUUCCAUGAACGCUUCCCUUUCGAGCUAGUCAAGAUUGUAUUUGAUGAGAAGGAGCUAAGGAGGGAAAUCAGCCACGCAAUUAAAAAUGUCCACGGUGUCAGGACGGGGCUCUUCACCCCUGACCUGGCUUUUGAGGCGAUUGUCAAAAAGCAGAUCCUCAAACUCAAAGAGCCCAGCCUCAAAUGUGUGGAUCUUGUGGUGUCUGAACUCACGGCAGUCACCAUGAAGUGUACCAUCAAGCUCAAUUCCUACCCCAGACUGAGAGAGGAAACUGAAAGGAUUGUCACCACCCAUGUCAGAGAAAGAGAAGGGAAGACGAAAGAUCAGGUUCUGCUCCUGAUUGACACCGAGCUGUCCUACAUCAACACCAACCACGAGGACUUCAUAGGUUUUGCAAAUGCCCAGCAGAGAAAUAUUGCUGCAAACAAGAAGAGGGCCAUCCCCAACCAGGGUGAGAUUCUGGUAAUCAGGAAAGGCUGGCUAACGCUCCAUCUCGGCAUCAUGAAGGGAGGCUCCAAAGACUUCUGGUUUGUCCUGACGGCUGAAUCUCUGUCCUGGUACAAAGAUGAGGAGGAAAAAGAAAAGAAGUAUAUGCUGCCUCUGGACAACCUGAAGAUCAGAGAUGUAGAGAAAAGCUUCAUGUCCACAAAGCACAUAUUUGCAAUCUUCAAUAUUGAACAGAGAAAUGUGUACAAGGAUUUUCGCCAAAUAGAACUGGCCUGUGAUUCUCAGGAGGAUGUAGACAGCUGGAAAGCCUCCUUCCUCAGGGCAGGGGUUUAUCCUGAGAAGGACCAGGUGGAGAAUGAAGAGCCUACUCCUGCAGACACAUUCUCCAUGGAUCCUCAGUUGGAGCGACAGGUGGAAACCAUCCGCAACCUGGUGGAUUCAUACAUCGGCAUCAUCAACAAAACCAUCAGAGACCUUUUGCCCAAAACAAUCAUGCAUCUCAUGAUCAACAAUUCAAAGGAUUUCAUUCAUUCGGAGCUGCUGGCUUAUCUUUAUUCGUCUGGGGACCAGAACAGCCUUAUGGAGGAGUCGGCUGACCAGGCCCAGCGUAGAGAUGAAAUGUUGCGGAUGUAUCAUGCACUAAAGGAAGCGCUGAACAUUAUUGGUGACAUCAGCACCAACACAAUCUCCACCCCAGUUCCACCACCUGUAAAUGAUACCUGGAUCCAGGAAACCAGUCCAACCUCUCAGCGCAGACCACUUUCUUCAGCAACCCAACCUCCCAGUCGUCCACCUGCUGUUAGGGGUUCAACACCAGGGCCACCCAUGAACCCCACUCCGGCCUUUGGAGUGCCACUCAAUCCCUCUCCAGCAUUUGGUGCACCCCCUAUCCCCUCUCGGCCCGCCCCACCUGUCAACACCUUCAACAGCAGCAUGGAUCCCUUCAGCGCGCCUCCACAGAUCCCCUCCCGACCAGCUCGCGUCCCACCCGGUGUGCCCAGCCGAAGACCCCCUGGUGCUCCGUCUCACCGGCCCACCAUUAUACGUCCUGCAGAGCCUUCCCUGCUAGACUAGACCUGUGGCCAAGCCCACCUAAGCAUGUUUGUGUGCAGAUGUGUGUAUCCGCACACUGUUGGCCGGGGACAGGGUGUGGCUCAAGGGGA